AUGCCAGACAAUUACAAUACCAAAUUCGUCCUAUCCACCGGGGACAUCGCAGCUGCUAUUCGAGAUCUCCCCAAACGCUCAACUACCGCUGUGGAUGUAGCUCAGCUCUGGCUCGAUAUCCUGGAGAUUUUCUUUCCCGACAAUCAAGGCUUCCAAAGAAGUGAAAUUCUGUCGGCAAAGGAUCGUGUUUUGAUCCAAGUGCAGCGAAAUAGGGAUUUGGACGGGCGUGCUAUCAUUGACCACAACAACAAGUCCGGACAGUCUAUUCUUGUUGUGGACUGUCGUGGAAAUACAACUGAUAGUUCUGGCUUGCAAUUCAGAUCUGCUGAAGACGACAGUCAAGACGAUUGUUCAUUCAAGUACGGAGUGGCGUCCUUUGGUGCACAAGUCAGCUUCCUGAAAGAUGUGUCAUUACAGCGUAACGACCAAGAAGGCUGGUCGCUCAAUGGAUUGAAGAUGGGCAGUUCAAACCUAACCAAGGCCACUGGACGUGAUGUGACUGAGGCAUGGCUGUGCAAUGUACGAGAUCUAUGCAUUGAUAUGAUCGAGGAACAUCAUUAUUGA